AUGGGCGCCGUUGUAUCUUGCAUUCGGGGCAUGCUCCAGGCCAUUGGCAAUGGCAUCAUGGCCGUCAUUCGAGGCAUUGGAGCCAUUCUCACUGGCAUCGUCAACGCCAUUGUCUCAUUCUUCAGCGUCCUCCCACCACACGACGAGAAGCAGAGUAUGAUCUCGGACUCUCUCCUACGAGAAAGCAUAGCCACGGAGAAGGGGACGAACGGCUUGUGCGAGAGGGUCCUUGGGGACAUGCGAACAGAGUGA